AGCAGUACAGCCCCGACCAUCUCUCCGGGAAUGCAGUCAGUUCUGCAAGGAAAUCGUAAGCAACUUGUCCAGGAAGGUUUGCUCUAGAAAAUGGAACAAGAACCACAAAAUGGAGAACGUGCUGAGAUUGAGAUUAUCAAGGAAGCAUACAGGAAGGCCUUUUUAUUUGUUGAUAAAGGACUAAAUACAGAUGAGUUAGGUCAGAAGGAGGAAGCAAAGAGUUACUAUAAGCAAGGAAUAGGACACCUACUGAGAGGAAUCAGCAUUUCAUUAUCAGAGACUGAACACACUGGCCCUGGGUGGGAAUCUGCCAGACAGAUGCAACAGAAAAUGAAAGAGAUGCUUCAGAAUGUACGCACCAGGUUGGAAAUUCUGGAGAAAGGUCUUGCCACUUCUCUUCGGAAUGAUCUUCAGGACGUGCCCAAGCUAUACCCCGAAUUUCCACCUAAAGACAUUUGUGAGAAGUCGCGAGAGCCUCAGCCCUCUACUUCAUCUCAGCAAGCUGAAGUAAACGGAAGCACUUCAGCUGCAUGUGCAGGGUCGCUCGCUUUUCCUGCUUCUGCAUCCUUACCGUCUACAAGUCGUCCAGCCGAAGCCCCCCCUGCUUACACUCCUCAGGCUGCGGAGGGCCACUACACAGUGUCCUAUGGCACAGAUUCUGGGGAGUUUUCUUCAGUUGGUGAAGACUUCUAUAGAAAUCACUCUCAGCCACCUCCGCUUGAGUCCCUAGGGCUAGAUGCAGAUGAGUUGAUUCUGAUACCAAAUGGAGUUCAGAUUUUUUUUGUAAAUCCUGCAGGAGAAGUUAGUGCCCCUUCAUAUCCUGGGUACCUCCGAAUUGUGAGGUUCUUGGAUAAUUCUCUUGAUUCAGUCCUGAACCGUCCUCCUGGAUUCCUUCAGGUUUGUGACUGGCUGUACCCUCUAGUUCCUGAUAGAUCUCCGGUUCUGAAAUGCACUGUGGGAGCUUACAUGUUCCCGGAUACAAUGCUACAAGCAGCAGGAUGCUUUGUCGGGGUAGUAUUGUCCUCUGAGUUACCGGAAGAUGAUCGAGAACUCUUCGAGGAUCUCUUAAGACAGAUGUCUGACCUCCGACUCCAGACCAACUGGAACAGAGCAGAGGAAGAAAGUGAAUUCCAGAUCCCUGGAAAAACAAGACAGCCCUCUGACCAACAGAAAGGAGCCUCUGGCACUGAUGUGAGACAGCUGGGUCCUUCAGACCGAGGCAGCAAGGAUGUGCGUCUUAAAGGAAAACGUGGAAAGAAGACUAAAGAUUCUUCAAGUGAAGAAGUUAAUCUGAGUCACAUUGUACCCUGUGAGCCAGUUUCAGAAGAAAAAGCAAAAGAAUUACCCGAAUGGAGUGAAAAAGUGGCUCAAAACAUUUUGUCAGGUGCUUCCUGGGUGAGUUGGGGUUUAGUCAAAGGUGCUGAAUUUACUGGCAAAGCAAUCCAGAAAGGUGCUUCUAAACUACGUGAACGUAUUCAACCAGAAGAAAAACCAGUGGAAGUUAGUCCUGCUGUCUCCAAAGGACUAUACAUAGCGAAGCAGGCUACAGGAGGAGCAGCCAAAGUCAGUCAGUUCCUGGUUGAUGGAGUGUGCACGGUAGCAAAUUGUGUUGGAAAAGAGUUAGCUCCACAUGUCAAGAAACACGGCAGCAAACUUGUUCCGGAAUCACUUAAAAGAGACAAAGAUGGGAAGUCCCCUCUGGAUGGUGCUUUGGUUGUUGCAGCAAGCAGUGUUCAAGGAUUUUCUACUGUCUGGCAAGGAUUAGAAUGUGCUGCAAGAUGCAUUGUUGACAAUGUUUCAGCAGAAACUGUACAAACUGUUAGAUACAAAUAUGGGCACAAUGCAGGAGAAGCUACACACCAUGCAGUGGAUUCUGCCAUCAAUGUUGGUGUAACUGCUUAUAAUGUUAACAACAUUGGUAUCAAAGCAGUGGUGAAGAAAACUGCAAAGCAAACAGGACACACACUCCUUGAGGACUAUCAAAUAGUUGAUAACUCUCAGAGGGAAAAUCAAGGAGGAGCAGCAGCUGUGUCAAUGAGAGAGGAGGAAGAUGAGCAGACAGAUGAUACAGAGAAGAAAGAGGCAAAGCAAGUGGCGAAGAAGAAAUAAAUGAUAGAAGUGUUAAGAAUUACCAAUACCAAAGCCUUAUUAGAUGGAGAGGGUUUUGUUGCAUAUGCAAAUGUGAAAUUCCUCAGAGAUUAGAUGGUAUUUUUAAAAUAAUCUUUUCUAUAAAAUGCUUGUCAAAAAAUUUACGGCAUGUAGUCUACUUACACAGAAAAUCAGUAUUGCAUCUAGAGGCUUUUAAAUAUGUAACGACAUUCUGUUUAUUUUUUUUUACUACAUGUAGCUAAAAUAUUUUUUGCAGUGAAAAUAAACCAAAUAAAACACGUGCUAUAAACCUCAUUAAAAACGAAUGUUAAACUAUUUUUGUAUGUCUUAUCUUCUAGAAAGCAAAGUAGGAAAGUAUAUAUUUACAUAAAAUUUGGUAUUUAUGGUUUUCAUUAUAUUAAUAAUUUUCAAGCUAUUAUCGCUUUUUGCACUAUUGGUAGAUUUUUUUGAAUGUCAGAAUUUUCAGUCUGUAAGCUAAACCAAAACUGUGAACUUAGAAUUAUGAGCUAACAUUUUUAAGACUUGGAAAAUAAGGAAGAAGCUGUUUGUGAAAGAUAAAGUGCAGUUAUAUAUUUUUUGGUAACUUGCCUAUUUCUUAGGAAAUAGAAUCAUAACUUUGAUUUUAAAAACUGGAUAGAUCUUUUAAGUCUUCCAGCGUAAGGCUGGUACUAAUAAAAGCAUAAAGAUUAUUAUCAGCAGAGUUAGACAAAAAGUUACUUAAAGAAAUAAUUUUACCAUGUCUUUUCUAAGUUUUCCAAAACACUAUAACUUUGUAAAAACUAAAAUCUAAACAGAACUGAAUUUAUAGUGGUAAAUUUGUGUUUCUGGUGGAUUCAGCCAUUGGAAUUUAAACUAGUCAUUAGAAAGGAAAACUUUUAUUUGUAAUCACUUGGGUUAAUGUGUUCUGUACUUGUCCAGUGGCUUUUACUUAGCGGAUAGAACUCACAGACCUUUCUUUCUGAGUAGAUAACUAAUUGCAGUUAGCUUGUACUGAUUUUGAAAGGUUAAUAUUGGUUUUCAUAGUUGUAGUCCAUUGUAUUCAUUUCUUUACCUCUAGUAGAUACUCAGAUUUCUUAGACUUUAUUUGAAACUAUCUAAUGAGUGUACAUUGUCAAUAAAAUUGUAUGGCCUAAA